CCACUUGCGCAGAACCCUCAUGUCAGCAAAAAAUGAUCACGUAACAAGCUGGUUCGCAGCCCCAUCCCACCAUCUCAUAGUGACAAUGCCGCCAUUCAUCUCCUCCCUCGCCCUCCGCACGCUGCGGACUAUUGUCCAACGCCCAUCUCUCCCCGCAGCUCUCCCUGUCAAGUCCAAGCCUUCGUGCUUCAUUCCCCGGUUCCAGCCCGUCCUCCGCACACCCACCGCGAUCACCGCCGCAAGACUGUCCGCAGCCCCUUCUAUCCGUCAAUUCUCGACCUCUCCCUUCCGCCAAGCUACCUACAACCAAGUCAAGCGAGGAUGCCGUGUCUCGCAGCGUGCGCGCCGAUCCCGGUCUCCGGCUCUCAUUGACCGAUCGCAGAUGAAGGGUGUCUGCCUUAAAACUGGUAUCACAAAGCCCAAGAAGCCCAACUCUGGUGAGAGAAAGACUGCCAGAGUACGCUUGAGCAGUGGCAAGGUCAUCACUGCAUACAUCCCCGGUGAAGGUCACAAUGUUCAGCAGCACAGUGUCGUUCUCGUUCGUGGUGGCAGAGCUCCGGAUUGCCCUGGUGUGAAAUACCACUUGGUUCGUGGAGCUAUGGAUUUGGGUGGUGUGUCCAACCGUUUGACUGCCCGAUCGAAGUACGGAACAAAGAAGCCCAAGAGAGAUUAGAUAUAACUAAUGUAUUUGGAUUUCUGGUUGAUGCUGGGCAUGGAUUGAGGGAAGAGGGUUGAAGCUGUUUUUUUUUUUUAUAUACUACUGUACUAUCUAUCCACUCGGGACAUUGCGUUCUUCAGUUCUCUUGCAAUGG